AAUGCAAGCCUAACAUUUAGAAGAGAUAGGUGUGAAAGAUGCUAUAAAGAUAGGAGAGGGAUCAUUUGGUUAAGUUUACAAAGGAGUUUAUAAUGGAUAAGAUGUGGCAGUGAAAGUAAUAAUUAUUUACUGAUAGUGUCAGAUAAUUCAAAAUUGUUUAGUUUCUGAAAUAUCAAUCUUAGAAAAAAUAGAUCAUCCUAAUAUUAUAAAAUUACUAAAGGUAAAAAGAUAGUUAAAUUUAGGAAUUCAAAUUUGGUAAUAUGUCAUAUAUAGUAAUGGAAUAUUGUUCAGGUGGAACAUUAAGAGAUUAUAUCUAAAAGAAAUUAACAGAAGAAGAGAUAAUUGAAAUAAUGAGAUCAUUAUUUUCAGCUGUUGAGUAUUUACAUGGUCAAGGGAUUAUUCAUCGAGACAUCAAACCUGGUAUCUUAAUAUGGAUAUUAAUAAAUAGAUAACAUUUUAAUUAAAAAUAAAAAUGAUUUAUCUUCCAUCAAAUUAGCUGAUUUUGGAUUAAGUUUUUAAUAUGAUGCUGAAAUUCAAUAUUAUUAAACUGUCUCUCAUUAAUGUGGAACCUUUAUUUUCAUGGCACCAGAAUAGAUUCUUAAUUUAUCAUACAAUAAAACUGUUGAUACAUGGUCAUGUGGUAUUGUUUUAUAUAUGCUUUUAUAAAAAAAGCAUCCUUAUUAUCCUAAAUAUUCUACCAAAACUUAAUUUAUUUAGACUUUUCCUAAUAUAUAAUAUGAUGAACCCAAUAAUGCGUCAUCUUUAACUAGAGAUUUCCUUAAACGUCUAUUAUGUUAUGAUCCACAUAGACGUUAUACAGCCUUAUAAGCAUUAUCUCAUCCAUGGAUCACUAGAAGAUAUUAAGAUAGUAUUCCUAUGGGUCUUAGAGAAUUUGGUAUUUGCAAAUAAUUACAAGAAAAAAUGAUUUAAUAAAUCAAACUUAUUAUGUUCUUUCAAUUCCUUAUCAAAAAUAAUGAAUCAAAUUAAUAUCGUAAUAGAUCUGAAAGUCAUUAAGAAAGUUAAACUUAUUCUGAAACUUCUAUUCAUAAAUAAAUUAAUCAUAAAACUAAACUCUUAAGACCUUUAGUAUUAAAAAAUUAAAUUAAAUUUGAACAUAAAUAAGAUGAACUUAAAAGUAAAACAAAACUCUCUCAAUUAACUGCAUUGUUGACUUAAUAAAAAAGUGAAGAAUAAUUUUCAUACCAAUAAUAAAUACAAUAAUAAAUUAUUAAUAAAAUAUCUUCAUAACCAGCUUUGGAUUCUCCAUAAAAGAAAUAUCACCAAAAACACAAAUUAAGUGUUGAUUGUGGAAAUGAUCAACACAUGAUCUAAAUAGUAUCAUCAAUAUCUCCUAUGAAAGGUGAAUCAGAGCAUAGUAAAAUAGAGUCACCUAAAAAAUCAUUUAGAAAAUCUUAAUCUUUUUAGAGAUUGAUACUUCCUUAAUUGUCAGAAUCAACAUAAAGUUCAAUUAGUCCUGAUAAAUUGGUAAAGAAGGAAUCAAAAACUUUGGUGAUGAGGAAAUCUUAAUCUACUUUGUAGAUUUGUUUAAAGAAGAUACAAUAAGCAAAUGAAUAAUGUGAAUAGAAAACAACAAUAAGAUAGAGAAUGGAAACCUAUGAUUAAAAGAAUUUUAGUCAUCGUAUAGUACAUAAAGCAAAUUCAUUGAAUUCAUCAACAAUAUCUCCAAAAAAUAAAUUGAUUUAGCAAAUAAUUUAAUAGUAACAAUAAUUCAUUCUUCCAUAGUAUAGAAAGAGAUUAUGA